CACCCGACUCAUCAGCAGCCGCCGGUAGUCCAUGACGGAAGCGCGCCGAGCCUCAGCGCCACCACCGGCCGCUCGCCCUGCGCCGGGGCAGGAACGGCACAGGGACGGUUUUAUCCGCCGAUCCAACGGCCUCUGCGCGUGACGUCCGCCUAGCAAACCGCUCAGAAGCCCCCGCGCCCAAAGCGCGCGCCACGUGCGGGAGAUGGAAUUCCAAGCCUAGCAACCGAGCCACCCGGACAGGAAGCCCCGCCCCGAACGGAAUUCGUCUUCCCACCGGAAGCCCCGCCCCCGCGCCGGGCUGAGCGCCGGAAGUUCGCGUCCCGCAGGACGCGAGAGGGACCCGAGGUGUGUGGGCAGUUCGUGUUCCCGUCGUUCCCCGCCGAGGCUGGGCUGACUGUUCCUUCCGGAGCUUUUCGAGUCUGCUCCCCGCUUUGUGUCCUCCCUUGGAAGGAGUCGUCAGCUAGCCCGGGGCUGCUGGACGUGGGGGUCUCACACCGAGUAAUCUCCCAGCUCUGCGCAUGGAAACUUCGAGAGGAUUGCACAUUCUUCAAAAGGAAUACAGAAUUCUACGGAUAUUCCUGAGAUGUCAGUCAGGCACCAAAAGGAAGUCGCAGUGGAGGGGAGGGAGAGUCCAGAGAUUGUCUCAACUUGGUCUCCGACAGGCAUUUCUUGGAGUGGUGGAGCAUCUUGGGAGGACUGCAUGACACCUGACAGAGAGCAGAGCUUGGAAAGCUCACAGCCUCUGGAAGAGGACAUGGCUUUAAACGAUGUCCUACGAAAAUUAAAGCAUACUAACAAAGAGCAGCAAACUCUGAUCCAAGACCUACAGCGUCGUAACAUGUAUUUAGAGAAGAAGGUUGAAGAACUGCAGAAGAAGACAACUAAAGAGCACGUGUUCGUGGACAUCAUCAAUAAGCUAAAGGAGAAUGUUGAAGAAUUAAUUGAAGACAAAUACAGAGUAAUGCUAGAGAAGAAUGAUACACAGAAGACAUUGCAGAAUUUGCAUGAGAUUUUAGUUAACACCCAAAAACAUCUUCAGGAAUCCAGGAAUGAAAAGGAAACCUUACAGCUAGAGUUUAAGAAGAUCAAGGGCAAUUAUGUUAGUCUACAGGAAAGGUACAUGACUGAAAUGCAACAAAAAAAUAAAGCUGCAAAUCAGUGCAUGGAGAUGGACAGAGCCUUAAGCAAGAAAGAAGAAGAGGUAGAGAGGCUGCAGCAACUCAAAGGAGAACUGGAAAAGGCCACCACUUCUGCUCUGGACUUGUUGAAAAAGGAAAAAGAGACCCGAGAACAAGAGUUCCUGUCUUUACAGGAGGAAUUUCAGAAACGUGAAAAGGAAAACCUGGAUGAAAGACAGAAACUGAAAUCUAGACUUGAGAAAUUGGUCGCUCAAGUUCAAAAUUUGCAGUUCAUAUCUGACAAUGAAAAGGCUAAGAAUACAGAACUCCAGCAGCAGAUCAACAAAGUAAAAAAUGAAAACUCAAAACUUCAGCAGCAGGUUGCAAGGAGUGAGGAGCAAAAUUAUGUUCCUCAAUGUGAGACAGCUCAACUCAAGGAGAACUUAGAGGAAGGAACAGAGUCAGAUAUGGCAAAGGAUGCAAAGAUGAUACAUUCUAAUUUGUUCCUGAAUCACUCACCUUGUGAAGGAGAGAGCCCGAAUCCCCCAGACGUGAAGAGAACUUCACAGCUGACUUCCAAAAUUCGCAGUCUUCUGGCUCUGAUGGUACAACUUCUCAUGUGCCAGGACAUCACCAAUCCCGAUGCCAGACAUUUCAAAGAGAGUGAGAAAGUUAAUGAUAUCAUGCUACAAAAAUGGAAGAGUUUUCAUCUUAAAAAGAAGAAAUUAGAUAAAGAGCUACUGAAACAUAAAGACAGAAUCACAGCUUUCAGAGAGUUAAUUGCUAAUGAAAAAUCAUUUCAAGAUCAGGUUACAGAGGUUACAGACUUGGAUUCAAAUGAAGCCAAGAAUGUCGGAGAGGUACCUGUCUUACUGGGAGCCAAACUGGAUCAGUACCACAACCUAAAUGAAGAGCUUGAUUUCUUGAUUGCAAAAUUGGGAAAUCUUCUAGAGUUAAAAGAAGACCACCGCAACAGACUCAUUGAAGAAAAUGACAAGUAUCAAAGACAUUUAGGCAACUUAAUAAAUAAGCUAAUGUUUUUCAAGGUUACAUCAUGCGAAGAAGUUAUCGAAUGUGCUGACCGAAGGCUCAUGAUACCGAACUCCCAGAUUGCACAUUUAGAAGAGAGAAAUAAACAUUUGGAAGAUUUAAUUAGAAGGCCCAGAGAGAGCAUCAGAAAACCAAGACUGAGAAGGCAUCCGAAGCCCGUGACCGUGGUAGAUCAUACUGAUGAUCAUUAUAAAGAAUGCUGUAUUCCCAUGUAAUUGUCAAAUUACACAAAAUUAAAGAUGAGUUCCUAAA